AUGGAGGGCGGCGGGCGGCGGGUGGUGGCGGUGGGCGCGGGGCUGGCGGGGCUGGGGGCGGCGCAGCGGCUCCGCGGGCACGGCUCCCUGCGCCUGCUGGAGGCGGCGGCCCGGGCCGGGGGCCGCGUCUGCACCCGCCCCUUCGCGUCGGGGCUGGCGGAGAUGGGGGCACACUGGAUCCACGGCCCCUCGCCGGGGAACCCCGUGUUCCGCCUGGCCUCCCAGUACGGCCUGCUGGGCCCGGAGGCUGCCCUGGAGGAGAACCAGCAGGUAGAGGCGGGGGGAAACCCCCCGCUGCCCUCCGUCACCUACAGCAGCUCGGGGAGGGUGCUGAGCCCUAAGGCGGUGAGCGAAGCCCGCGAUCUCUUCUACGCCCUCCUGGCCUCCACCCGCGCCUUCCAGGGGUCCAAGGAGCCACCGGCGCCCAGCGUGGGCCAGUACCUGCGGGCAGAGAUCGCCCGGAGGGUCCCCACGAUGGCGGGGGGCGUGGAGGACGCCCGGCGGCUCCAGCUGGCCGUGCUCGCCGCCUGCCUCAAGCUGGAGUGCUGCAUCAGCGGGACCCACAGCAUGGACCUGGUGGCCCUGGAGCCCUUCGGGGAAUACGUGUCGCUGCCCGGCCUGGACUGCACCUUCCCAGGCGGCUACAGCAGCUUGUCCGAGCGCCUCGUCUCGACUCUGCCCGAGGGCACCAUCCUGCUCAACAAGCCAGUGAAGACCAUCCGGUGGCGAGGGUCCUUCCGCGAGGAAGGGGACGAUUCCAGGGAUUUCCCCGUCCGGGUGGAGUGUGAGGAUGGGGACGCCUUUCUCGCCGACCAUGUCAUCGUCACUGUCCCCCUGGGUUUCCUCAAAGAACACCACCAGGAAUUCUUCCAGCCUCCACUUCCCGAGCGCAAAGUGGAGGCCAUUCAGCGCCUGGGCUUUGGCACCAACAACAAGAUCUUCCUGGAGUUCGAGCAGCCUUUCUGGGAACCCGAGCAGCAGCUCCUGGAAGUGGUGUGGGAGGACGAGUCGCCCCUGGAGGAGCCCAGCGCCGACCUGGAGGCCAACUGGUUCAAGAAGCUCAUCGGAUUCGUGGUCCUCCAGCCCCCGGAGCAGCACGGGCACGUCCUCUGCGGCUUCAUCGCCGGGAAGGAGUCGGAGCACAUGGAGACGCUGAGCGACGCCGAGGUGCUCAGCGCCAUGACCCGCCUCCUCCGCAGGCUCACAGGUGCCUCCCCCGCCCCUCCCCGCCCGCCCCAACCCCCGGCGGAUUCUCGGGAUCCCACCCCGAAUGCCCUGCCCGCAGGGAACCCCAGCCUGCCGGCCCCCAGGAGCGUGCUCCGGUCCCGCUGGCACAGCGCUCCCUACACCCGCGGGUCCUACAGCUACGUGGCCGUCGGCAGCUCCGGGGACGACAUCGACGUGCUGGCACAGCCCCUGCCCGAGGACCCCCAGGACCCCCGGCCCCUGCAGCUCCUCUUCGCCGGCGAGGCCACGCACCGCACCUUCUACUCCACCACCCACGGCGCGCUGCUCUCGGGCUGGCGGGAGGCCGAGCGGCUCAACCACCUCCUCCAGCCUCCCAUCCCUCCUCCUCCUCCUCCUCAGCCAUGAGGGGCGGCCAAAUAAACUUGCUUUGGCAAGUGCCCCUCGGCCUCCUUUUUAUUAAGAAGCCAGCGCCGCCGCGGCUGGGGGGGGGGUGUGUUUUCUUCCAAUCCUCCUCCUGUUCCUCCUCUCCGUGAAGGGGGCUGCGGGUGUUGGGGUUUUUUUAAUACCAGUUGGUGCUGGAGAUGGUGUAGCGCGGGUCGUCCAGCGGGUCC